AUGUUUCACUCUGUCAAAGGGAUGAGGGCAUGUGUUCCCAAAGCUGCUUCUCCGAAGCCUGUAUCAAGUCAGGCUUUAGGCAUGCUUUUAUCGGGAAACAAAAUAACUACAAUUAGAUUAUUUAACUCCCAAUGCUUGGGAGGAACCCGCCAGUCUAUAUCACCACGUUUCAACAAAAAGGAUUAUGUGUUGAACUUUGCUAGAUUUAACUCAUCGAAAAAUCAUAAAUUUAAUAGUCGUGGUGAGAGAGAGUACAGUGAUGAAGAAGCUGAUGAGAUUUUAAAAAGACUGAAGCAGAUUUGGAAGGAUUCUACGAAAUCACAAAGAAAAGAAAUAAUUGCCCUUUUUGAUCAGUAUAAAAUGGGUGGUUUGGUCUCUCCAAGUGCCAGUAAGAUAAUAUCAGCGAUUUUGAGAGACCCAGAAGCCACUAUUCCAGGUGAAAAGGUUGAAAAUGUCCAAAAGUUCCAUCAAGCUUUGAUGCAAUAUCACAUGCAUAAACAAAUGGAACACAAUAAUGAAACAGAUGAUAUUUAUGAUGAAGAUGAUAACAAUACUAUUCAAAAUCAAAAAACAGUUAAAAGGGAACUAAAAGAUGGUGAAAUGAAAGAAGUAGAUGACCAAAAGAAACUGGAAGAUGGCAAAAAAUUUGGCUUCAAGCUUGAGGUUGAAAAUGAUGGAGACGGUAAGAAAAAGCAUAAGCCAUUUGAUUUCAGAACACGUGAGUCUGAGGACAAUAAAACCAAGUUUCUCGAAAUGGAACUAAGGUUAGAUACUUUAUUACUAUGGGUUGUUGCUGGUGGUUUUUUAGUUUAUACACUAAUGGGCGAAAACUGGGAAAAAGAAAUCACAUUCCAGGAGUUUGAAUCUACGUUGUUGAGCAAAGGAUUGGUUGAAAGACUUGUUGUUGUUAAUCGUGACACGGUCCACGUCAUCUUAAAUGAUUUUGGCAAGAAUCAACCUAACCAUGGUCCGAAUGUUGAAUAUUAUUUCACUAUUGGUUCAUUAGAAAAAUUUGAAGAAAAAUUGAAGAGUGCACAAGAAGCAUACAACAUUCCAGAGGAUAAAAGAAUUCCCGUUAUGUAUGUUCAGUCACCUAAUAUACUGAAGGGUUUAUGGUCUAUUUUACCAACAGUGUUGCUAUUUGCUUUCAUUUUCUGGUCAACAAAAAAAAUGCUGACCAGUGGUGGUGGACUGGGUGGUGGAAUGUUUGGUAGCAAGAAAACUUUUAAAAAGUUUAAUGCGGAUGAAAACGUCAAAGUUACAUUUAAUGAUGUUGCUGGUUGUAAUGAAGCAAAGGAAGAGAUUAUGGAGUUUGUUAGUUUCUUAAAAAAUCCCCAAAAGUAUGAAAGAUUAGGCGCAAAGAUCCCUCGAGGUGCUAUUUUAAAUGGUCCACCCGGUACAGGUAAAACGUUACUUGCUAAAGCCACUGCUGGUGAAGCAGGGGUUCCGUUCUACUCUGUUUCUGGUUCUGAAUUUGUGGAAAUGUUUGUUGGUGUUGGUGCGUCACGUGUUCGUGAGUUGUUCAAGACUGCAAGAGAAAAUGCACCAUCUAUUGUUUUCGUUGAUGAAAUCGAUGCUAUCGGAAAAUCCAGAGGAAAGGGAAGAGGUAUGGGAGGUAAUGAUGAAAGAGAAAACACCUUAAAUCAGCUUCUAGUCGAAAUGGAUGGAUUUAAGUCUGACGAUCAUGUUGUUGUUUUUGCAGGUACUAAUCGUGUUGACGUUUUGGACCCAGCUUUGCUAAGACCGGGUAGAUUUGAUCGUAAAAUUUAUAUUGGCAAUCCAGAGCUUGAUGGUAGAAAGGAUAUUUUUGCCGUUCAUCUUAAAGAAAUCAAGUUGUUCCCAGAACUCAACUUAGAAGACUUAAAGGGCAGAUUGGCUGCAUUAACUCCAGGAUUUAGUGGUGCAGAUAUAGCCAAUGUGUGUAAUGAGGCAGCAUUGAUUGCUGCUAGGAAUGAUGAAGAGUAUGUGCAUUUGAAACAUUUUGAGCAAGCCAUUGAACGUGUUAUUGGUGGCUUGGAAAAGAAGACUAAAUUAUUAUCUGCAGACGAAAAAAAAGUUGUUGCUUACCACGAAGCAGGGCAUGCAAUUUGUGGGUGGUAUCUUGAAUAUGCGGAUCCUUUACUAAAAGUUUCCAUUGUCCCAAGAGGACAAGGUGCUUUGGGUUAUGCGCAAUACCUUCCACCUGAUAUUUACCUGUACAGUACUCAAAAAUUACUUGAUAGAAUGACGAUGACGUUAGGUGGACGUGUCUCCGAGGAAUUGCAUUUUGAAACUGUUACAUCAGGUGCCGCUGAUGACUUUGAAAAAGUUACUGGUAUGGCACAAAAGAUGGUUUUAGGUUGCGGUUUAUCACCAAAAGUUGGUUUGGUUAGUUACGAUAUGGACAGAGGAAAUGACUUCACCAAACCAUUCAGUGACAAAACAGCUGCUCUUAUUGAUGAAGAAAUUCAACGUAUUAUCAAAGAGUGCUACAGUCGCUGUCGCAACUUACUAACUGAAAAGAGCGCUGAUGUUGAAAAAGUUGCACAAAGAUUGUUAGAGAAAGAGGUUAUUACUAGAGAGGAUAUGAUUGAACUUCUGGGAAAGAGGCCGUUCCCUAAUAGAAACGAUGCAUUUGACAAAUACCUCGAAAACAAGCUUGAAGGACAAGAAGAAGACCCUUCAAAGAGAAAGAAUUCUGAUGGAAAGGAUGAUGCAAAUGGAAAGGAGGACAAUGCAUAA